CUAGUAAACAUAUUUCUUACAGAGUCUUGUUAGUUUGUGGUUUGGCAUAAAGUCUGUAACUUAUUUCAACCCUGGUUAUUACUAGCUACAGGUUGCAAGAUGUUUGGUUCUUUGCUACAGAAAAUGUCUAGAAAAAAACAAUUUGAUGAUACUGAUGUUUCUAAGAGUAGUCUAGCAAGAGUGCUUUCACUUUUUGAUCUGAUUGCACUGGGUGUUGGCAGCACACUUGGACUUGGUGUAUAUGUCAUAUCUGGAUCUGUGUCAAGGACUGAAGCUGGUCCAGGAAUAAUAAUCUCAUUUCUCAUUGCAGCUAUUGCAUCAAUGUUUGCAGGUUUGUGUUAUUCCGAGUUUGCAGCUCGAGUGCCUCGUGCUGGGUCUGCUUACAUUUACAGUUAUGUUACUGUUGGUGAAUUUAUAGCCUUUCUCAUAGGAUGGAAUCUCAUUCUGGAAUAUGUUAUCGGUGCAGCUAGUGUAGCCAGAGGUCUCACAGGAUACAUUGACUCAUUAGUAAAUAAUGCCAUUUCAAAUGCUUCCAGACAAGCCAUGCCAAUUGAUGUUGACUUUUUAUCUGAUUAUCCAGAUUUUUUGGCAUUUGGAAUAACUUUUCUCCUCACAAUUCUUCUGGCAUUUGGUGUGAAGGAGUCGUCGAUCAUUACCAGCAUAAUGACUAUCACUAAUCUUGGUGUUUUAACUUUUGCAAUCAUUGCUGGUGCCUUGAAAGCUGACAUAGGUAACUGGCAGAUAGAAAAGAAUGACAUACCUGAUGAAUAUAAUGGUGGUGAAGGUGGAUUUGUGCCAUUUGGAAUUGCUGGCAUUAUCAAAGGAGCAGCAACUUGUUUUUAUGCUUUUGUUGGCUUUGAUGCUGUAGCCACAACAGGAGAGGAAGCUAUAAAUCCACAGCGAAACAUUCCUUUGUCUAUUAUAUUCUCACUGUUAAUUGUAUUUUGUUGCUACUUCGGAGUUUCAACAGUGCUUACCCUCAUGCUUCCCUACUAUCUACAGGAUAUGAGUGCCCCACUAUCGUAUGCAUUUCAAAAGGUUGGUUGGAACUGGGCAGGAUGGAUCAUAAGUGCAGGUGCAAUAUUUGGUCUUGGAGCAAGCUUCCUUGGGGCAAUGUUCCCACUUCCAAGGAUAAUCUAUGCUAUGUCAUCAGAUCGUCUGCUUUUUCCAUUUUUGGGAAAGGUACAUCAUAGAUUUAAAACUCCUUUCAUUGGAACAAUUUGUGCUGGCACUAUCACAGCUGUUAUGGCGCUCAUCUUCAAUGUGGAUCAGCUUGUUAGCAUGCUGUCAAUAGGAACACUGACAGCAUAUUCUAUGGUCGCUGCAUGUGUGCUUCUUUUAAGGUAUACAGGAGAAACUGGAGAGCAUCUACAAAUGGAAGAGGAUGCUGGUGGGAAACAAAAUGCAGAUUCAGAUGAAGAGACCAGAAAUAAACAAUCGAAUAUUGUAGCUACUGGAAAACAAAUACUUAACAUUGACAAAUUGAAAAGACCAACAAAACUGUCAACAAAAAUUGUUGCAUAUGAAAUUGUGUUAUAUUUCAUCUUAUGCAUCCUGACUUCACAACUUGUAAUACAAGCAGGCUCUUCUAUUGAAGCAGCUGACCCAUUGGCAAUAUCAGGUCUUGUUAUUGUUUUACUGUGUAUUGUCUGUAUGCUGAUUUCCAUUGGACGACAACCUGUGUCGGAGAAGAAAUUAAAUUUUAAGGUACCAUUUAUACCCAUUCUGCCUGCAACAUGUAUUUUUGUCAACACUUAUUUAAUGAUGAUGUUGGAUGUGUUCACAUGGAUCCGAUUUGGUGUAUGGAUCAUCAUAGGGCUCUUGAUUUACUUCACAAUUGGUUACUGUAUCAGCGAUCCAGAGGAUGACAGCACAAAUGAUCUUACUGCACAAGGGGUGGAUAAUUUGGCAUAUGUGCAGAAUGUUGAAUGAGCUCUGUCACUGCUGCAGCGAUGUGACAUAUUCCCAGUAACUAGAAAAGAAAUGUUCAACAUGGAUAAAAAGUCUUUGUAGUUUGUGUGUUUCUGUGUAUUUGUUUUUUAUAUUAAUUUGCAUAUUUAA